UCAGUUUCAACAUGGCAGAACUGAUCGUGUGUUUCGAUCAUGUGAUGUAGAAGUUUCUGUGUUGUGAGUAAUUUCCAUGUGCUGAGGCGGUCGUUUUACUUUAGAAAACAGUUACCGCGUACUUUGCGAACAUGGCGGACCCUAAAUCGCCGCCCCUGAACGACAUAAAACGUCCGGAGGAGGUGGUUCGAAUGGCUAUGAAGGACAGCUUGAAGUUCGCCGUGCUUAUCGGUCUGAUUGAAGUCGGACAGGUGUCCAACCCUGAGGUUGUGAACACCGUUCUGCAUUUGCUGGUGGGCGGGGAGUUCGACAUGGAGCUGAACUUCGUGAUCCAGGACGCGCAGAACAUCAAGCACAUGCUGGAGCUACUGGACCACUGCCCCGCCAACCUCCAGGCGGAGAUAUGGAGCGUGUUCAUCGCCAUCCUGAGGAAGAGCGUGCGCAACCUGCAGGCUUGCACGGACGUGGGCCUCAUAGAGCACGUGUUGAACCGACUGUGCCAGGCGGAGACCAUCGUGGCCGACCUGCUGAUCGAGAUGCUGGGGGUGUUGGCGAGCUACAGCAUCACCGUCAAGGAGCUGAAGCUGCUGUUCGGCGCCAUGAAGGCCUGCGGCGGCAAGUGGCCGAGGCACUCGGCCAAGCUGCUGAGCGUGCUGCGCCAGAUGCCGCAGAGGAACGGCCCUGACGUCUUCUUCAGCUUCCCCGGCCGCAAGGGCUCCGCGGUGGUGCUGCCCCCGCUCGCCAGGUGGCCGUACGAGAGCGGCUUCACCUUCACCACUUGGUUCCGGCUGGACCCCAUCAACUCCGUCACCAUAGAGCGAGAGAAGCCCUACCUCUACUGCUUCAAGACGAGCAAAGGCGUCGGCUACUCGGCACACUUCGUGGGAAACUGCCUCGUCCUGACGUCGAUGAAGGUCAAGGGGAAAGGUUUCCAGCACUGCGUCAAGUACGAGUUCCAGCCCAGGAAGUGGUACAUGAUCGCCAUAGUGUACAUAUACAACAGGUGGACGAAGAGCGAGAUAAAAUGCCUCGUGAACGGCCAGCUGGCUUCCAGCACCGAGAUGGCGUGGUUUGUUUCCACCAAUGACGUGUUUGACAAGUGCUACAUCGGGGCCACGCCGGAGCUGGACGAGGAGCGGGUGUUCUGCGGCCAGAUGUCGGCCAUCUACCUGUUCAGCGAGGCGCUCACCACGCACCAGAUCUGUGCCAUGCACAGGUUAGGACCCGGCUACAAGAGUCAGUUUCGGUUUGACAAUGAAUGCAACCUUAAUCUUCCUGACAAUCACAAAAGGGUGAGUGAACCGCCGUCGCAACUCUGCAUGCCGGACCAAGCUUUGCUCUCUGUGCUAUACGACGGCAAGCUGUCCGCGGCCAUCGUCUUCAUGUACAACCCGGUGGCGACAGACAGCCAGCUCUGCCUGCAGUCCGCUCCCAAGGGCAACGUCUCCUACUUCGUCCACACGCCCCACGCCCUCAUGCUGCAGGACGUGAAGGCGGUGAUAACCAACUCCAUCCACAGCACGCUGAACUCGGUGGGCGGCAUUCAGGUGCUGUUCCCGCUCUUCUCGCAGCUGGACCUGCCGUACGACUGCCCGCCAGGAUGCGCGGACGCCAAGCGGGACCCCGCGCUGUGCUCCAAGCUGCUGGGGUUCAUCUGCGAGCUGGUGGAGAGCUCCCAGACGGUGCAGCAGCACAUGAUCCAGAACCGGGGGUUCCUGGUGGUCAGCUACAUGCUGCAGCGCUCGUCGCGGGACCACCUCACGCCCGAGGUGCUGGGCUCCUUCCUGGGCCUCACCAAGUACCUGGUCACCUGCCUCGGCUCCAACAGCGAGCUGCUGCUCAAGCAGUUGUUCUGCUUCUCGUUCCUGACCUGGCAGCUGCUGGACCACGUGCUGUUCAACCCGGCGCUGUGGAUCUACACGCCGGCGCCCGUGCAGGCGCGCCUCUACUCCUACCUGGCCACCGAGUUCCUGUCCGACACGCAGAUCUACUCGAACGUGCGGCGCGUCUCCACCGUGCUGCAGACGGUGCACACGCUCAAGUACUACUACUGGGUGGCCAACCCUCGCGCGCGCAGCGGCAUCACGCCCAAGGGCCUCGACGGGCCGCGGCCGCCGCAGAAGGACAUCCUGGCGAUCCGGGCGUACAUCCUGCUGUUCCUCAAGCAGCUGGUCAUGAUCGGCAACGGCGUGAAGGACGACGAGCUCCAGAGCAUCCUCAACUACCUCACCACCAUGCACGAGGACGAGAACCUCCACGACGUGCUGCAGAUGCUCAUCUCGCUGAUCUCGGAGCACCCCGCCUCGAUGGUGCCGGCCUUCGACGUGAAGCAGGGCGUGCGCUCCAUCUUCAAGCUGCUGGUGGCCGAGAGCCAGCUCAUCCGGCUGCAGGCCCUCAAGCUGCUCGGGUUCUUCCUCAGCCGCAGCACGCACAAAAGAAAAUAUGACGUAAUGAGCCCUCACAACUUGUACACGUUACUGGCGGAAAGACUUCUGCUUAACGAAGAGACGCUUACGCUGCCGACGUACAACGUACUCUAUGAGAUAAUGACGGAGCACAUCAGCCAGCAGAUCCUGUACACGAGGCAUCCCGAACCAGAGUCCCACUUCAGGCUGGAGAACCCCAUGAUCCUGAAGGUGGUGGCGACGCUGAUCCGGCAGUCGAAGCAGACGGAGCAGCUGCUCGAAGUGAAGAAGCUGUUCCUGUCGGACAUGACGCUGCUGUGCAACAACAACCGCGAGAACCGGCGCACGGUGCUGCAGAUGUCCGUGUGGCAGGAGUGGCUGAUCGCCAUGGCGUACAUCCACCCGCGCAGCGGCGAGGAGCAGAAGAUCAGCGACAUGGUGUACUCGCUGUUCCGCAUGCUGCUGCACCACGCCGUCAAGCACGAGUACGGGGGCUGGCGCGUCUGGGUCGACACGCUGGCCAUCGUGCACUCCAAGGUCUCGUACGAGGAGUUCAAGCUGCAGUUCGCCCAGAUGUACGAGCACUACGAGCGGCAGCGCUCGGACAACAUCACCGACCCGGCGGUGCGCCAGCAGCGCCCCAUCAGCACCAUCUCGGGCUGGGACCAGCAGCGCGCCGUCGCCAACGGGUACCGCCCGGCCGCGCGGGCCCUGGGCGGCGCUCCGGCCUGGGGCGGCCCCGCGCAUGCCGACGACGCGGGAAAGGCGGGUGCGGUGUGCAGCUGCGACCUGGGCGCCGUGCGACCCGACGACGCGGCCAAGCGCGACGGAGACGGCGACGGCGCGCAAGACGACAAGCUGUCGACGGGCUCCAGCACCUGCAACCUGUACAGCGAGCCGGGCAAGCCGGGGUCGCCCGUCGCCCAGGCGCGGGGGGACGGGGACGGCAGCGCCGGCGACGCGCGCGAGACGACGGCCGCCGCGGCGUCGGCGGACGACGCCCCGGCCGAGUCCCGCGCGGCCUCGGUGGACGCGGGCGGCGGCGAAGAAGCGUUCCCGGCCGAGGGCGAGACCUGGGUUCCCGCGGCGGCCGAGGGCGAGACAGGAGCCCCCACGGCGGUCGAGGGGGAAGCGCGGCGGCCGGACGGGGUCGCGGACCGCGGGGGCAUGUCCCUGGAGGGCCUCGGGCGGGGUGGGGAAGACGGCGGCCCCACCGCCCUGGCCGUGGUGACGGGGGACGACGACGUCGCCGCGACGCAGCUGGAGCGCGAGGUGGGCGACAGCGACAACUCGGAGGCCUACCUGACGCCCACGGACAACGCGGAGGGGCCGUGCCCCGGGGAGAAGCGCGACGCGGAGAGGGAGGACCCCAAGGAGGACUUCCCGCCCGUGGCAACAUCGUCGGCGGCAUCGGCCGAGGAACCGGCCGGCCACGAAGGAAUUCUGGUGCUGGUGAGCGACAGCAUUGCGGCGCGCAACCCUGAAGGAGCGGACGAGACUCAUCGCCCUUCACCGCUGCCGCGAGAACCUAACCUCGAGCCUUCUGCAGCGGUGGUGGGAUCUGGUAGCGCAGUUGCGGACCCCGAAGACAUCGGUCAGUCCACAGACGUUGCGCAACGCGAAGACUCUCCAGAGCCCGAGGACUUUGUGCCUUCGGAGGAGAAGAACGGUCCGAAGGCUGGUGACGUUGUUUCGGAAGCGAAGGACGUUGCUCCGGAAGCCGAGGAGGUCGUCCUUCAGGCCAAGAAUGUCGUCCCGGAGCAAGGUACGUCGGAGCCUCAAGAGGAGACUUUGGAAUCCGGAGCUAGCCCCCCAGCGCUCGAGGUCGUUACGGACGGCGCAGUGUCGAAGGAUGUAGCCGUAGAGCGGCAGACGGACUCCAAGGAGGCAGAAGUCGCGACGAAGGGGACUGCCGCGGGAUCGGUCGAGGACCUCGCGCCGGCUCGGGAAGAGCCCGGUGACUCUGGGGUCGACGCGGUCGCGCCCGAUCCCGCGCCGACGCUCGAGCCGGCGGGUGACGGUUGCGUGUGCGGGGGGAGUGGCGACGGCGAGGGCUCGGACGAUGCGGGAGUUCCUCUCGAGUCGAGUGGUCUCCAAGCGCCAGACGCCGGGCAGAUGUGUGUUCGAGCGGACGCUCACCCCGCGUCGCCGGACGGCGGGACGAACGCCGCCGCGUCGUCUCCGGGUCACGAGCCGGCGGAGUCACCCCCCGGACAGCUGGGGCCCGGGGACGAGGAGGGAGGGGGUGAGCCCGGCCUCGGAGGAGCGACGGACCGGAUGUUGUCUUCUCCGCAGAAGAGACCUCACAGCGCCUCGACGUCCACACAGGUCGACCCUCUCCACUUCGAGUCGAAGCGGUCGAAGCCGGCGCCGGCGCCUACGCCGACGCCUUCCGGCUCCUCGCGCCACAUGUUCAGCCCCGGCCCGUCGCGGCCGCCGUUCAGGAUCCCCGAGUUCAAGUGGUCGUACAUCCACCAGCGCCUGCUGACCGACGUGCUCUUCUCGCUCGAGACGGACAUCCAAGUGUGGAGGAGUCAUUCAACGAAGUCUGUGCUGGACUUCGUCAACAGCAGCGAGAACGCGAUAUUCGUCGUGAACACGGUGCACCUCAUCUCCCAGCUCGCGGACAACCUCAUCAUCGCCUGCGGCGGCCUGCUUCCCUUGCUGGCCUCCGCGACGUCCCCCAACAGCGAGCUGGACGUGAUCGAGCCGACGCAGGGCAUGCCCAUCGAGGUGGCGGUGUCCUUCCUGCAGCGGCUGGUCAACAUGGCCGACGUGCUCAUCUUCGCCAGCUCGCUCAACUUCGGGGAGCUCGAGGCGGAGAAGAACAUGUCCAGCGGCGGGAUCCUGCGGCAGUGCCUGCGACUGGUCUGCACUUGCGCCGUGCGCAACUGCCUCGAGUGCAAGGAGCGAAGCCGUCCGUUCCCGGCCGUCGCGCCGCAGAUGCACCCCGGCGGCGGGAACAAGUUCGGCCACCUGCAGUCGCUCAUCCGUGGCGUGCAGGCGUCCCCCAAGAACAUAGUGGAGAACCUCGCAAGCCAGUCGAGUCCCGUGAAGGACCCGGAGAAGCUGCUGCAAGACAUGGACGUGAACAGGUUGCGAGCAGUGAUCUACAGAGACGUCGAGGAGACGAAGCAGGCCCAGUUCCUGUCGCUGGCGAUCGUGUACUUCAUCUCCGUGCUGAUGGUGUCCAAGUACCGGGACAUCCUGGAGCCCCCGCUCGCGCCGCUGCCGCGCAGCCCAGCGCUCGCGCCGCGCGGCAACGGCACGUCGCACCGCGCCGGCAGCCCCCCAGCCCAGAGCCGCGGGCUGUGCCGGCAGCUGUCCCAGGACGAGACGGAGUACGAGGUCAUGGUGGUGGACGAGAACAACUCCUCGGUGCUGGCCGACCCCGACACCCACUCCAGCGGGCCGCCGUCCCUCAAGGGUAGUACAAGGUCGCGCGCCUCUUCGCAUGCCUCUAUCACUCACCCUUACGACGUAGAUCAGUCGGACGCUGCGCAGACUUACGUGAGAACGACGGCUGUUCCCAACGUCCACUCCAGAAAGAGCGGGGACUCGCUGGAGGAGGUCAGCUCGCUCAACCUGAACGCGGCGGAGAGCGGCGCGGAGGCGGACGGCGGCCGGGAGGCGGCGGCUGACGACGACGGCGACGGCGAAGGCGGCAAGCGCAGCGGCGGCGCCGACGACAGCUGGACCGACGUCAACCUGAACGAGGACUCGGUGGCGGCGGCCAGGGACGAACAACAUCGCAACCUCGACAACGCGGCCCGCUCCAGAGGUGGCGACGCGGACGGCGACGGCGGCGGCGGCGGCCUGGAGCGCGGGGAGAAGCCCCGGACGGAGAUCUCGGUGGUGCGGGUGCCCGACGGGGUGUGCCACCCGGCUCCCCCGGGCCAGGGGCAGGCCCGCCCCGACGAGCUGCCCUCGAAGCCCCUGGUGGUGGGGCACCUGCCCCCGCCCGCCCCCUCGCGCGAGGCCUCGCUCACCCAGAAGCUGGAGGCGGCGCUGGGCUCCGUGUGCCCGCUGCUGCGCGAGAUCAUGGUCGACUUCGCGCCCUUCCUGUCCAAGACGCUGGUGGGCUCGCACGGCCAGGAGCUGCUCAUGGAGGGGAAAGGUCUGACGACGUUCAAGAACAGCACCUCCGUGGUGGAGCUGGUGAUGCUGCUCUGCUCCCAGGAGUGGCAGAACUCGCUGCAGAAGCACGCCGGCCUCGCCUUCAUCGAGCUCAUCAACGAGGGCAGGCUGCUCUCGCACGCCAUGAAGGACCACAUAGUGCGCGUGGCGAACGAGGCUGAGUUCAUCCUCAACCGGAUGAGGGCGGACGACGUGCUCAAGCAUGCAGACUUCGAGUCGCAGUGCGCGCAGACGCUGCUGGACCGGCGCGAGGAGGAGCGGAUGUGCGACCACCUCAUCACGGCCGCGCGCCGCCGCGACAACGUGAUCGCCAGCCGGCUGCUGGAGAAGGUGCGGAACAUCAUGUCCAACAAGCACGGCGCGUGGGGCUUCAAGGACCCCCUGGCGGCCAGGCUGAACGAGUUCUGGAAGCUGGACUCGUGGGAGGACGACGCGCGGCGCAGGAAGCGGUUCGUGCACAACCCGCUGGGCUCCAGCCACCCGGAGGCCACGCUCAAGGCCGCGCUGGAGCACGGCGCGCCCGAGGACGCCAUCCUCCAGGCGAGGGAGGAGUUCCACGCGCACCUGGCGGCGUCGCGGUCGCAGCAGCAGCAGGUGCAGUCCACCGACCUGAUGGACGACAGCGAGCUGCUGUCGGACGACCGGGACCUGGACGUGGACCUCACAGGCCCGGUGAACAUCAGCACCAAGGCGCGGCUGGUGGCGCCGGGCAUCGUGGCGCCGGGCACCGUCUCCAUCACCUCCACCGAGCUUUACUUCGAGGUCGACGAGGACGAGCCGGAGUUCAAGAAGAUCGACUCGGAGGUGCUCAAGUACUGCGACCACCUGCACGGCAAGUGGUACUUCUCGGAGGUGCGCGCCAUCUUCUCCAGGCGCUACCUGCUGCAGAAUGUGGCCAUCGAGAUAUUCCUGGCCAGCCGGACCUCCAUCAUGUUCUCGUUCCCGGACCAGAACACCGUCAAGAAGGUGAUCAAGGCGCUGCCCAGGGUCGGAGUCGGCAUCAAGUACGGCAUCCCCCAGACCAGACGGGCCUCCAUGAUGUCGCCUCGCCAGCUCAUGAGGAACUCCAACAUGACGCAGAAGUGGCAGCGCCGGGAGAUAUCCAACUUCGAGUACCUCAUGUUCCUCAACACCAUCGCCGGCCGCACGUACAACGACCUGAACCAGUACCCCGUGUUCCCCUGGGUGCUGACCAACUACGAGUCCCAGGAGCUGGACCUCAGCCUGCCCAGCAACUACAGGGACCUGUCCAAGCCGAUCGGAGCGCUGAACCCCAGCCGGCGGGCCUACUUCGAGGAGCGCUACUCCAGCUGGGAGCACGAGAGCAUCCCGCCCUUCCACUACGGCACGCACUACUCCACGGCCGCCUUCGUGCUGAACUGGCUCGUGCGGGUGGAGCCGUUCACCACCAAGUUCCUGGCGCUGCAGGGGGGCAAGUUCGACCACCCGAACAGGCUGUUCUCCUCCGUGGGCCUCUCCUGGAAGAACUGCCAGCGGGACACGUCCGACGUCAAGGAGCUGAUCCCGGAGUUCUUCUUCCUGCCGGAGAUGUUCGUGAACACGAACCGCUACCGCCUGGGCCAGCAGGAGGACGGCACGGCCGUGGGCGACGUGGAGCUGCCGGGCUGGUGCUCCUCCCCGGAGGAGUUCGUCCGCAUCAACCGCAUGGCGCUGGAGUCGGAGUUCGUGUCCUGUCAGCUGCACCAGUGGAUUGACCUGGUCUUCGGCUACAAGCAGCGAGGUCCGGAAGCCGUGCGUGCCACGAACGUGUUCUACUACCUGACGUACGAGGGCAGCGUCGAUAUGGACACCAUCACGGACCCCGUGAUGAGAGAGGCGAUCGAGAACCAGGUGCGCAACUUCGGGCAGACGCCCUCACAGCUGCUCAUGGAGCCCCACCCGCCACGGAGCUCCGCCAUGCACCUGUCGCCCAUGAUGUUCUCGAGCAUCCCGGACGACGUGUGCAUGACCAUGAAGUUCGUGUCGAACUCGCCCGUGUGCCACAUCUCGGCCAACACCUACCCCCAGCUGCCGCUCCCCUCGGUGGUGACGGUGACGACGGGCCAGCAGUUCGCCGUGAACCGCUGGAACUCGAGCUACGCCGCGUCCGUGCAGUCUCCCAGCUACGCGGAGGCGCCGCAGUCGCCCGCCGCCAACCUGCCCCUGUCCAUGGACCCCGUGCUGUCCCAGACGGGCAACAGCGCCAACUCGGCGCAGCGACGGCACCUCGGCGACAACUUCAGCCAGAAGCUGCGCAUCCGCUCCAACUGCUUCGUGACGACCGUGGACAGCCGCUUCCUGGUCGCCUGCGGCUUCUGGGACAACAGCUUCCGCGUGUUCUCCACCGAGACCGCCAAGAUAGUGCAGAUCGUGUUCGGGCACUACGGCGUGGUGACGUGCCUGUCGCGCUCCGAGUGCAACGUCACCUCGGACUGCUACGUGGCGUCGGGCUCGGCCGACUGCACCGUGCUGCUGUGGCACUGGAACGCGCGCACGCAGACCAUCGUGGGCGAGGGGGAGGCGCCCACGCCGCGCGCCACGCUCACGGGCCACCAGCAGCCCGUGGCGAGCGUCGUCAUCUCGGCGGAGCUGGGGCUCGUCGUGUCCGGCUCGCAGGACGGACCGGUGCUGGUGCACACGACGUUCGGAGACCUGCUGCGCUCCCUGGAGCCGCCGGCCGGCUUCGCGUCGCCGGAGAACAUCGCGAUGUCGCGCGAGGGCGUCAUCGUGGUCAACUACGAGCGCGGCCGCGUCGCCGCCUUCACCGUCAACGGCAAGCGGCUGCGGCACGAGUCCCACAACGACAACUUGCAGUGCCUGCUGCUGAGUCGCGACGGGGAGUACCUGAUGACGGGCGGAGACAAGGGCAUCGUGGAGGUGUGGCGCACCUUCAGCCUGGCGCUGCUCUACGCCUUCCCCGCCUGCGACAGCAGCGUGCGCUCCCUCGCGCUCUCGCACGACCAGAAGUUUCUGUUGGCGGGCCUGGCCGCGGGCUCGAUCGUCGUGUUCCACAUAGACUUCAACCGGUGGCACCACGAGUUCCAGCAGCGGUAUUAAGCCCUUCUGCGCGUCUGCGGACGUUGUUUUUCGCCGGCGAGCUGCAAAUCCGCGCGGACUCGCGGGAAGCGAAAGGAGGCAGACGUUCAGUCCCUGCUUGCCCGCGUUGUCUUGUCGCAGAGAGGGUGAGAAAUGGACAAUGUUCAGCGUGAACGACUUGAAAAGAACGUAAAAAGUGCUAACGAGAAGUUUCCUCUGGGAAUAUUUUUCAUUAAAAUUAUUUUGUAAACGUUACAAUCUGGAGGAAUGCCAGCUCCACAGAGCAGACCUGUUUCAGUUUAUUUUUUAUCUGGGCAAGUUUACAACUUUUUUUUUCCCCUACAUUCGAGGUAUUUUUAAGGGAAUUAAGCGAGAAAUUUCUUCGUGGAUCAUUUGUAGUUGUAGUGAUAAAAUUACAGUUAACAUUCCAUUUGUUCUGUGAUCGUGAUGUGAUGUCUUGAAUGCAUUUCGAGCCCGGGAAGUAGAAUUCUCGACACUUUUCUGUACUUAAGUUAUAACAUGGUUGUGGGUUUCUUUAUUUUUAUAGUUUCAUCUUAUGUCGUGUAUGCGUUUUCAUUUUAUUAAGUUCUGAGGCUGUUCUCUAGUUUUAGAAACAUUUGACCCUACAUCACAAGCUGCAGCUCAAAGGAAAUUCAUCCCAGUUUGAGAUCAUUAAUUGCAAUGUUUAGCUCGGAAAAUAAGCUACUACUUCUAGUCUGCGAUUGUUGGUAAAGAAUGACGGGUGUUAUGUAUAGUGAACUACAGUAGUGUUGACUUUUAAAAAAAAAUAUGUUUUAAAGCACAAACAGCAUAAUUACUGAAAAAAGGUUAUAAAAUCCACUACAUGAAGCAGUGUUAAGAAAUUAUUCUUCUGUUUGGGCAAAAAAAAUUAAUGACAUAGGUAUGUCAAAUUAAUAAUGAAACAAAACCGUAAUAAACAUUUUAGUCACUGCUCUCGAUGCAUUUAGUUGUUACCACUUUUUUUUUUUGCUAAACAUUGUCUAUAUUCACUCAAACUAGAGGAAAAAAACUUCAAAAUUGGCAACACUGACCCAGAAACGUUGGAUGAAUUUCCAUUACUAAGCUAGUGAGUUACAGCGGCCAUGGAAUUACAGAGAAAGGAAUAAAAAAGGUAAUUAAAGUUGUUACGCGUAUUAGAAGUUAUACUUGCUUGGCUUAACAAUUAUUAGCGAUAUAGUAAUAUAAGGACUGGAAUAUAAUAAAUACAAUCAAAUUUAAAUAAACACUCACUAUUUAUACAAAAAAUAAUUAUUUAAUUUAGUAAAGUAAUGAAGAUAACUUUUAAUUAAUACUGUAAUAAAUUAUUCAUGCAGAAACCUGAUAUUCACAUAAAAUUGAUUUUUUUUUUUUAAAUUAUAUGGCCCAAUAUUCAAUAUCAAAUACUAGCGUGCAUUACUUAAAUAGUAUUUGUUAGUGGGGGAAUGGGGUAAUUAUGAAAGUUUGGAUCUCAAAUGACAUUGGCAGAAGAGAAAAUAAACACCUACUGAACUCGUUGUUAACCAACAAUAUUCAGUUUACUCUACCUCAGAACUUAUUUUUGUUCCUUUAUCUUAGAUUGAAGUGCGCAUCGGUGAAGUUGAAUUGUUUUAAGUUUGGAGAGGUCGGGGCAAGAUUAUAUGGUGGAUUGCAAUAACACCGAAAUACAAGUUUUAGAAUUAGUUUCAGUUAAAUCCAUACUAUCAGUUUAAUGUUUGAAAUUCAAAGAAUUGUACCAAACUACAUACAUAGAUCAUAAAAAUUAAUUUAAUGUUUUACUGUGCAUCUCUAAUUGUUUUGCUUUGAAACCACUAAUGCACUGUGAUUUAUUUUUAUUAUUCUGAAUUAGACCAAUUUAUUUUACCACUAUUUUUGUGUAGUAAGUAUUAUAAAUUACUUAAUAAAAAUGAUGACACCGAAGUCUUGUUUCAAAAAACUAAAUUGGACUAAACAUAAAACCAUAACAUCUUGCUUCUAUUUGUAGGUAAAUCCAGAGUAAAUUUCUUCCUUUCUCUGUUUUUAUAUAAUUUGCAGCAGCAGUUAUUCACGUUUGUACUUAAACCUUUUUGUUGGUGUGAGCGAAAACAAUGUAGUGUUUUACCUUAAAACGAAAUUCUUGUAGUUUUAGUGAAUGAUUAGUCAGAUGUGUAGUGUGAUGCAGGUUGUUCAACAACAAAAAAAUAAUAAUUAAUGGCAUAUGUAGAUGAAUUUGGACUUGAAGUUGAAGAACUAAGCCUGGGGAAAUUGGUGAACAUAGUGCUCUUUGUGUCAUUAGGGUAACGAGUUUGGUGGACGAACAAUUUGUUAUUGGGUGUUUUUUAAAGUCAGCGCGACGAGGUCUCAUUUAGCUGCGCGGACAUUGUACUCAACGAUAAGUGAUUCUCGUUGGAGGUGGUUGGCUCAUUGUUUGGUGUUUGAGACCAGGUUAUAUUUGCAGACUUGUACUGAAGUAUCAAAAAACCAGUUGAAACUUAUUUAUGAAAAAUAGUAUGAAUUAUAAGCGCCAAUAAUUUUCUCAUUUAUAGGGGGGCCUUCCCCAAAAUGAAAAAUGGCUAACUUUUGACAGGUACAGUAUAACAUUCUUAAGAUUUUUCUGCAUGGAAAUUUAACACGACUUAUAAAUCGGGAGACUUAGGGUUUAACUGUAUCACUGGAUGUAAAUCAGCUUAAAAAAUUACUUUCCUUGGUUAAAUAUAAAUUGUGUUUUUCAUGAAAGUAUGUAAUAUUGAGCUAGAACUUGUGGGAUUAUCUUGUUGAAUAUUUCAUGUACUACGGCUUGCUUACACCGGUUGUAAAUCGUGCAGGGUUUUUUGAUAAAUUGACGUAAAGCACGUUGACAAAAAAAAAAAAGGAAUAUUAUGUUUUGCUUAAUCAGUGCCAAGCUUAGGAAUGCUUUGACGCGUCGCAGCGUUCUGAGGAAAAUCGGCGAGCUCUGACCGCCUCGUUGACUCGCUGAUCUAGUCAUAAGCCUACUCUUUGUAUGCUCAGCUUAAUUUAACAGUGAUUCCCUCCAAGAGCAUUGUAUUGUAAAUUAUUACACUGUGUCCAUUUUACAUUGAGGUGAAAAAAAUGAUUUUCUGGCUUGUUGUAAAAUUGUGACUUGUACAUAUUAAGGCUAAUGUUAAUGAUCGUAACUAGUGAAGGAACAAUAUUAUGGGUUUGCAAUAUUUUCAGCUAUUUACUUUACAUAUUUUAAUUAUUUUCUAUAAGAGAACAUGUUUCUGGAGAUUGUUGUGAAGAGAAAUCAAUUCAUCAAUCCGGUCCAUAUUUUCUGAUAAUCAAUGCAAUUUAUUGUUAUAAUUAUGUGGUGUUGCAUAAUGAUACAGGUAGAUAACCCAGCAUUCCUUGUGUUUUCAGGCUGCCGGGUUGCAUUGCUGUGUAUAUUUAAUUUGCUUGGAAAUAUUCUUUACUGUUGAUAUUCAUCCCAGUGAAUAUUUUUUCCUGUUUGAUAGCGAGUUGUGCCAUUUCAAUUUUUGUGUUCCUGUCAUACAGGCAGGAUUGUAACAACACCUUUUACUGUCAUUGUAACUUGACUUUUUUUUUAUUCAAGCGGAGUGUACUUUGUGGAGGCCAGUUUCAGUUAUAUUUUCUUUCUUUGUGACAUUGUAACUAAUUCUAGCAAUCUUGUUGGCAUAAUUAGAUACUUGAAGGCCACCCAGAUGACUACUGUUAGGUUACUUUCAUGGAUAAAUCUUAUUUCUUUCAUGUAACUACCAACCUUUUUCUCAAUGCCGCUCAUUUAUACUUUAGUUUAUUUCAAUGAUGGCUGUAUUGACGUACAUUAUAUCAGUGAAAUUAAAUUUGCCUACAAAUAUAUACUGAGGAUUCUAUAGGCAUUCCAGCUUGGAUACAAUAUGGUACCUCUUGGUAGUCUUCUAGUGGCUGAUAAGACUCUUUCUGAUCAUGGUAAUACAUGCUAAGGAGACAGUGGAAAUUUUUAAAAAUUACCAUACUUAAUUUUUUAUGUUACCUUACAGCAGUGUUUUAUCAUCCAUGACCAUUAUGGUCAAUUGAUUUGGUUGUGCAGUGGUUUAUCUAGAAACAGCAAAUUAUACACGUUAAGAUUUUUGUACUAUGCGACACUUUCUUUUAUAUCUGAUUACUGUUUAUUUGUAUGCUAUUGAAUUGGAAAUAAAUUUUGUUCUGAACAGGUGGA